AAUCUAAACAUUUUCAAAGUCUUUGGGCCUACAGGCUAUUGGUGGGAUCAGAAGAAGAUUGGUGUAUGUUUCGGAACUUUGCAAGACAUGAUUCCAUAGCUAAACAAUUAAUUUUUAGUAAGUGCGAUAUUGGAGGAGAAUGUGUAGUGAUUCCAAAUAACCUGGAGACAUUGCAGAUCCGUUCCUGUUACAGGGGAAGAAGCUUAAACAACUUAAUUUUGUUAGAAAAAGCAAUGGAGUUAACUUCUUGUACUAUUUAUGAUUGUCAAGACAUAGAGUGCCUGUUUCACUUGAACUCAUCCUCCUCAUCAUGCUAUCCAUUACUGGACAAGCUUGAAAUUCUCCGCCUAUGUUUCAUGCCAAGCUUGCAAGUACUUGUGAGCGUGGAAGGAGUAGCAACUCCACCACAAGUAUUCUCCAAUCUUAAAAAUCUUUCUAUAAGGCAUUGUUCAGGAAUAAGGAAGUUGCUUACGCUUGAGCUACUGCAGGCCCACCAAAACUUACAGAAGAUUGAAGUUUCUGAUUGCGAAAAAAUGGAGGAGAUAAUAGCAUCAUCAGAUUUAGAUGCAUCAUCCCAAGUUAAGGGAAUUGAAAAAAUGGAGGAGAUAAUAGCAUCAUCAGAUAAAUUCAUUUUUCCCAAGUUAAGGGAACUGAAAUUGAUAAAAUUGCCCCAAUUGAAGAGCAUCUGCAGUGGUAAAGGAGUUAUGGUUUGUGAUUCUAUUGAAGAUAUUCAAAUAAUUAGAUGUCCAGAGUUAAAGAGGAUCACUGUGCAGCUUCCUCUGCUUGACAAUGGCCAACCAUCUCCUCCUCCUUGUCUCAGAGAAAUCUUGAUACAAAAAGACUCAAAAGAAUGGUGGGAAUCAGUGAAGUGGGAUCAUCCUAGUGCUAAGAAAGUACUUCAACCUUUCUUGAAAUAUUCUAUCUGGUGAUUGAGGGUGUGAUGUUAAUUAUCUUUAAUUGCCACUUCAUUUUAAUUCUAAGAUUCUUGAUUUGCUUCAAUUCAUUUUUGUAUUUGAUAUAUUUGUUGUAAUUACAAAUUCCAUUUACUGAGUUGAUGUGGGAGAGGAUUGAUAAUUGGAGGCUCAAAGAACACUCCAGUCCAUCAGCCGUUUAUA